GUGGUAGAGAAAUCUUUCCUUCGCCUCCUAUGGGCGAUGAAAAAUUUCGCUUUUUCCUGCUUUGAUUCGCUUUAAAUGCUCGCCAUAUCUAGAGCAUGAUUACCAAAUUCUGCAUAUGAUCAUUUCCAAGUCAUUUCACCUUUUUAUUCCAGUCAAGGUGAAGAGAAAUUGCAGAAAACUCUCUUCGAUCCGGAGGGAAACCUUUCCGCAAUAUGGCGGAUAGCGUAGCAACUGAGGUAAUGUUUGGUUGAUUUUUGAAUUAAUUAUUACCUUAUUUAACACGUCCUUAGUAGAUAAAUGUACACGCUAGAGCCUGCUGUUCUUCUUGGUUCUCCUUGUAAGCGCAAUAGCAAACACAAAAUAAUACGUGGUAGUCAAGUGUUUUGGUGCGAUUUUCGUUUGGAAUGAAAUUCUCGAAUUGACGAAGAACAUCUUAGAUCGUGUGUCACGAUAAUCGAUGCAACCACUCGAACAUUUGGGCUCUCUUCCGGAAAGUGAAAACGAGGGGUUUUUUACGCCAUUGCUCGCUUCUCCGGGAUUAAAUAUUACCUUUGAUGCUGUAACUAGAACGAAAAUCUUACUAUCGAAAGGAAACUUAAAAUCCCUGCUGAAAAAUUAUUACCAUGUAUCAUGAGGCUGGAGACCAUAUAUGAACUAAAUUAACCGUGUAACUCUUGCGAUCUGAUCAGCAAAUGCAAUUCUUCCCUUUAAUGUUUAGACAUACCAAUAAAUUUUGAUCAAGAAAAUACGGUGUCAUGUGGAAAUAAAAAUAACACAGCUGAUCAGCCUAUAAAUGACGAGCUCAAUUCUCAUCACCUGAUUACUGCAUAAUGUAUUGAAAUUGUGGGGAGAAUUACUUGCUCAUCAUUUCUGAGUGCCGUAGAGUUACGAAUAAUUUUUAAACCCUUGAAAAUGUUAUUUUUCCUCUUCUUGUGUACUGUAUUCCAAGUUUGAUUUGUUAGAUUUGAUCAACAGUAUUGGGCAGGGAUGUACACUUCAAAGACUAAUCAUUUUUUCCAACUUGUUUUCAGAGUGAUGAGCCUACCUCUAGAACUACAACAGUUUUGGAAGUUAGCAUUCCCUCAGGUACGUAAAUCUACUGUGUAUUUACAGGAGUAUAUGCUCUCGGGUACCCAAGACAAAAACCCCCCCUCCCCCUUGAGACAACUUUUUGGAAUGUCUAUCUGCAUACAGCAUUGUAACAGCUGUCCCCUCCCUUCUCUCUCUUGUGACAGCUAGGCAUGUCACAUAUUGGACAAAAUGGUCUUAACUGACCUAAAUCACAUGGGUCCUGGAAGCAAUUUGAGUAAUCUUGUCUCAGGCAGGGAAACUUGGGUGUUUGUAUAAGUAAAAUUUGUCCCACCUGACAGGGUCACCCUACCUGCCUCACCCUUGAGAGGAGUUCACCAUUUUCAUAUAAAUGGUUAGUUGAAUUUUUCAAAGAAAAAUUGAAAAGUUAGCUCAGCCAGGGUAACUCUAAGGGGGAGGAAUUUCGGGGGCACCAAAACCACAAAAUGAGACCUUAGAAGAGAGUGUACUUGAUUGAUAUUAGUGUAUGUAGUAUCUGGAUGCUGCCCUUCGAAGAUGUUUUGAAUAUUUUUUUUCAGUUUAUUUCCUUAACCCUUUAACCGCUAAGAGUGAUUAGCACCUAAUUUCUCCUCACAAUAUCAUCCCCGAAUCACACAUUUAGUUUACAAGAAUAAAGGAAACGAUUACCAACUAAAGAAGAUCUUGAUUGUUAAAUCAAAUUCUCCUUGUCAGCACCUUAGGAAAUGUAUAGAGCAUAGUAUGGAGAAUUUGCAUACUGAUGUUAGGAUGUAAAGGGUUAGAGGUUGUGAUAUGAUUCCUCUGUAGAAAGAAGAAUCCUCCAAAAUUGUCCUUACUCUCAGUGUAUGGCUUCUUUGCCUAUUUAGUAAUAUGUGCCAAAAUAAUUUCUUGAAAGCAUGGGUUCAAAUCCUGUUAAAGUCUGAAGUUUUUCAGGUUUUUCUCUUUUCUGCCGUUAAGAUAACUAAUCCUGUCUAUUUAUUUAGUAGGCUAAACAUAUGCCAAUGAAGGUCAUUUUGCUUUUUGCAGAUGAUGAUCAAGAUGUCCAUUUUUGUGGAAGAUGUAAAUUGUCUUUUAAUGAUCUGUCAGAGUACAUCAAGCACAAAGCAAACAAAGUUUGUCGUGACAUUGUCAACAAGAGCUCAUUGACAGAAGUAGUUAACAAACUUCCCAUAGAUGCAGGCAGCCAUUCUCACUCUGGGGAGACCAACAGCAGAGAAGAGGUAGCAUUAGCAGAUACCACCCAGCAGGCUCAAGAGUGUGUAGAGAGUAUUGAGGAUGAUUGUGCUGCAAAAAAAGUGGAGGUGCAGUUUCUAGACCCAGUGGCGACUAGUGAUGGUGCAUCAUCAUCUGCAGGAGAAAAACCUGAUGGUCACAAAACUUCAGAUCAUGAAAAAACUGGUGAGAUAAAGUGAAAACAUUGUUUUGUAUUUUGAAAGGAGCAACUGACAACUUCUUUAGAAGGGUUGGGUUUCUUCUAAACGUUAUACUUCAUUCUUAGUUUGUGAUGGAGAACUUUUUCGACAGUGUCAUAAAAUCAAAUGAUACAAAAACAGUCCAUUGCAGUAAAGGAUUGUCACAAAAAGUUGGUGAGAGCCCAGUGAAACCAAACUCACCCCUGAAAACCCCUUGAUUGUUUAACAAAUUCUCUUUGUCACCAACUUAGGAAAUGUGUAGACAACAGUAUGGGGAAUAUGCAUCUUGAUAUUAGGGUGCAAAGUGAUGCUAAGCAGUUAAUGACAUGACCACCACUCUUUCGCUUGCAUCCCAUCAUCUUUCCUUUUUGCAUCUGCCUUGUGCUAUGCAGAAAAGUGUUUAGCAUGUGAGCAGCUUAUAGGUGCUGCCAGACAAGCAUCUUGCAGGUCUUGUGCAUAUUGCAAGUUUAUAUAACUCCUUCAUGGCCAAUAUCUCCAUGAAAAUUCUCCUUACUGUCUGCCAUACAUUUCUUAUAAUUUUUUUCUAAGAAUUUGUAUUUGAUCAACUAAUAAUCCCCAAGGGUAAUUUAGUUUUAUCAACUGAGUUGAUAAUGAAAAUUGGCUACUGUAAAGAGUUUAAAGCUUUUAAACUGAUUGUGGUGGCCAAUUUACAUUAUCAACUCAGUUGAUAAUAUUUAAUUACCCUGUUAUACUCUCCCACCAUCGCAGCACCACAAUUUCCUUAGAAAUUUACCCCCUUUGUUAAUAAUCCUCUAGUUUGUUUGUCUGUUUGUUUGUUUGAGGAUCUCGAUUGCAGUUUCGAGUUUUUCUGACACUGUAUAUUGAAUAGUGAUGGCAACUUUGCACAUAGCCUUGUCCUCAAGCUGUAAUUUUGGUACCAGAUCACUGAACCACAAGAACUCGCAAGUGACCUAUUGUCUACAUUGGCUGUACUGUCCCAAGUUACCCUCUCCUUUGACAGUUAUGUUUCAGGGAUCGCUUAUUUUUUAUUGCAGGGGGAAGGAGUUAGAGAAUUUUUUGGGGGGUCACAUGGUUUUCAGGGGGGAUCAGUCAUCGCUAACAGAGUAUAAGGGGGGGGACUAAUGACUGUCAUUGAGAGAGGAACAUUAGAGUACUACAGAGCCUAAAGGGGGAUCACGUAAAUUUUAUUGUGACACAACCAAAAUCCCUUAACCUCCCUCCCCUCCUUGGCGGUAAAUAAUGACGGUUCCUCACACAGAUGUGUUUUUGUUGUAGAAAAACCGACAAAAAGGCACAAGAGGAAGAACUCUCACCCCAAGACCACAAGAAAACGAAAAUGCCCGUCCACUUCCACAGCCUCGUCCACUCAAGAGAAGAGCAAGGAACCUCGAACCAAGAAACCCUCGACUUCAGAUGAACCAGUGACUGUCCAUAUCCCAGAGUCACAACUGGUUCAUCUGAAUCCUUGUUCCGCAUCCACAUCUGCAACCAGUCCCCAGGGUACAGGGGUGCGCAAACAGGGUGCGACCAGUGUGUUUGUGCCAAUAUACCUCAAUCCCCCCUCCAAGAUUUACAGAUGUCAGCGCUGUCCAGCGGUUUUCAAUGCUUUGAAGGAAAAGGAAGAGCACUGUAAAAUGCAUAAGAAGGAAUUCAAGUGUUCGCUUUGUAAUAAAAGCUUCUUCACUGCUAACGGCUUCGAGCAGCAUCGGUUAAAUGAGAGUCAUGUGCAUCCAUGUGAUGAAUGCGGGAAGGUCUUCACUAGCACCAUUCAGCUCAAGAAACACAAGACGACCCACUCUACUGAAAGGCCGUUCGCCUGUGACGAAUGCGCAAAGGCGUUCUGUUCUUCGGCGAACCUUCGCUCGCACAAAAGAACGGUGCAUGCUACGGAGAAGAAACACAAGUGCCCUGAAUGUGGAAAAGCGUUUGCCCGUAAAGAUAAAAUGAAGAGGCAUUCUUUAAUUCACUACCCAGAUACAAGACCAACUUUCACCUGUCCCUUUCGCAGUCACACUGGUUGUAUGAAGACCUUUUACCGUGAAGAUAAGCUCAAGCGACACUUGUUCACACACUCCAAGGAUAAACCUUUUAAGUGUGAACAGUGCAAUAAGGGUUAUGCGCGCCGAGAUAACUUGAACGACCAUAUGCGGAUCCACACAGGCAAUUAUAGCCACAUUUGUCAGCUGUGCGACAAAGGUUUCCUUGGGCCUCACAAGCUAAAGAAGCACUUGAAGUCAGCACACCGGGACGUUUAUUCUGCGGAUGGUGUAUGCAACGCAUUAGAAUAUCAGUCUCCUACAAUGGUUCCCUUGAAUUCUGGCAGAGCUCCUACCUCGAGGCGCGGCGAUCUCGCAACGCCCACGUCACGUGGUAACGUUGCACAGUCUUCAUCUCAUGAGGAAACUGCGCCCUCUUCACCGGAGGAUCACUCGGUUGAUGCCGACGACGACGUUUUCGACGAAUUGGGAUCCGAGACCGGAGACGAGCCAACUUCGGAAGACGAACGAACAGCAAACGACGACGAAUCAUUAAAAAAAUCUGGCUUGGGUUCAGACCCAAGACAUGCCCCGCCCCGAGCCCCUCCACCAACUGUGGGCCCUCCGCCAUUAACAUCAUCUUCACAUGGUCCGUUACCGCGCGUGCGCCCUGUCCCGAGAGUCAGUGCGACCCCUCAGCAGUUCGUCCCUCCACCCAUACCACCCGGCCUCCAGGCUACAGCCGAGCUCAUGGCAUUCACACAGGAACUUUUUAAUGCGGUGGGAAGAUUUCAGUCCUAA